AUGUCUACCUUAGAUAAAUCUUUUGUUGAGCAGGGAUGCUGGAAGCCUGACUUAUUUAAAGGCAAAGUUGUAUUUGUUACCGGUGGGGCAGGUACCAUUUGCAGGGUACAGACGGAGGCCUUGGUGUUACUUGGGGCUAACGCUGCCAUUCUCGGUAGAAACGAAGAGAAAACAUUAAAGGCAGCAAAGGAAAUGCAGGAAUUAAGACCAGGGUCUAAGGUAAUUGGGUUGGGUAAUGUUGAUGUUAGAGAUGUCAACAGCUUGGUAGCGGCUGCAAACAAAACGGUAGAGGAACUCGGUAGAAUUGACUUCGUCAUUGCUGGCGCAGCAGGUAACUUUUUAGCAGAUUUCAAUCAUUUGUCAUCAAAUGCAUUCAAAUCUGUUAUAUCGAUCGAUUUGUUAGGAUCAUACAAUACAAUCAAAGCUACCUUUGACCAAUUGAGGAAAAACAAAGGUGCGAUUAUCUUUGUUAGUGCUACUUUGCAUUAUUAUGGUCUUCCCUUUCAAAGUCAUGCAAGUGCUGCUAAGGCAGGAAUUGAUGCAUUAUCCAAUGCGUUGGCAGUCGAAUUUGGACCUUUAGGUAUUCGUUCUAACUGUAUUGCUCCAGGUGCUAUUGAGGGUACGAUAGGAAUGUCUAAAUUGACCCCACCUGGUAGCAAUCCCAUUGACAAAAGAGUUCCUUUGCAGAGGUUAGGAACUACUAGAGAUAUUGCUGAAUCUACUGUGUAUUUGUUCUCGCCAGCCGCUAGCUAUGUCACUGGAACUGUUCAAGUUGUGGACGGCGCCCUUUGGCAAACCGGUUCUUUCUUAGGUGAUCUUUAUCCCAGUGUUGUGAUCCAACAAAACACUGAUCCGGAUUCAAAACUAUGA